GCCGAACACUCCCAAUUACCAGUAAAAUAGACAAAGGAUUACUGCUUUCUCUCUCUCUCUCUCUCUCUCUCUCUCUCUACAUCCACACCAUCACCUCAUCAUCUUCCAUCCAUUUGUUCAGUGCCUUGUCCUCUAUAGAUUUCAUCUCGCGUCACAACCAAACGAAACCGUCGAGACACACAUAGAGGAGAGAGAGAGAGAGAGAAUAAUGACGGAGGAGAGAGAGAGAGAGUUUGGUUCUCAUUAAAAAAACGUCUUUUACUCGCCAUCUACUGAAAUCCCUACCGGAAAAGAUCUGAGCGUUCCUCCGAUUCCUACCUCAUUCAGGUUAGCACAAAGUUAACUGGUAUUGAUUUCACAGUGGUUUGUCUGCAUUCUUCUUUUGUUUAGAUAAUGAUGGACUCAAGAAUUGUGGAAGAAGGAAAAAAGUAGUGACUAAAUAGAACUACUGGUGUGGAAGAGGUUAGCGGAUUAGUGGUGCACUGAGUCAAAUGGUUUGGGUUCUAAGGGCUUCUUCGAUGUCAUUGGCAAGAUGUUCAGUUGAGGCAUACGAAGUCAUCUACACAGUUCUGCUUUGGCAAUAGCUACCGUGUUCAAGUCUUCUGGCUAACAGCAAUUGGUCUCUGUUGGUAGAUGUCUGAAGUAUACAGUUCAAUUGAAGUUUUGCAUCUUUGAGCCACUGCCAGCAGGGCGAGUUGAUAAUCUUUUCCUUUUGCUGAUUUCGUGCAUUCGGUGAGCUGUGUAAUGUGGUAAAAGUAUUGUUCUGCAUCUAAACAUAUCGUUAGGAGAUUCCAUAAGUCCAAUGCAAGGGAAAAACAGUGCAGGCAGUUCGUUUAGUGAAACGGUGGAUCUUAACCAGGGAUGUGUUUCCAAUGACUCUGGUAUGAAUCAGUCGAUGGAUUGGGAUAGCAUGCUAAAUCCAGUAGAAAGCCAGUUAUCAAAUUACAUGCGUUCUUCUGCUGAGGGGAACUUCGCUCGCCCAAAUGCCGUUAGUGUACGGGGUUUUAGUCGCUGGGACUUAGGUGAAUCUAGCUCUAGUGCAAAUGUUCAAAGCCAAGGCAUGGAUGAUGGUCUAAAGAUGGAUAAUGGUAGGUCUUCUUCAUUUGGUGCUUGUCCUGGGUCUGAUGCGGGAGCUGAGGAAAGGGAAUUUGGACCAUCUAAUAUCCUUCUUACUGAAAAUCUUACCAGUGGUAUUGGUGGCAAUCGGCUAACCAGCAGACCUUCAAUUAUGCAGAGUUCCACUUCUACUCGAAUCCCUCUGAAUAUAAAUUUAAAUGCUGGACAUGCGGGCAGUAGCAGUGACAGUGGGCAUGGUUUGGGGCCAGAUUCAUUCCAUAAUAUGUUCAAAUUAAGUGGACCAGAAACAGAAGAAAUCUUCGCUGGUAAUGAUUCUUCAGAUAAUGUUGGGACUUCUUCUUCCGGUAAUUCUGGUUAUUUGAUGGAUAAUGACGGCGGAUCAGCUUCUUCUUUGGCCAACUGGGGUUCAUCCUGCAAGAGAAAGGCUCUCGAAGGUACUUCUGGGACUUACCCAAGUGGGAGUUCUAACCUCUUUCAACAAGCUGAAAACUUUUCACGUCAUGGUGUCCCUGGUCGUUAUAAUGCUUCCAGUAGCUUAAGUAUAUCACCACCACCGGUAAACUCCCCUAGCGGUACUCCUCCUGAACAGGUAAACACAAGAAUUGGCAUCGGUAUGCGUGGAGUAGCUUCUGAAGUCUUUCCUCCAUCAAGUAUUUCAGGAAUGGCAGAAAGCUCCUCAAGGAAUUAUGGUGUCAGAGUGAAUCUGGGGCACCAUGAAUCUGGUUUGGUCAAUUUGCCGUCGACAGGGAAUGGGAUAAGGCAUUCUGAUGCUUGUCCACCGCACCAGUCAUCUAGACUUCUCUCAUUUACUGAUUCUUUGGACUUGAGACCAUCAAAUUCUGCUUCUAUUGCACCCACUUCAAAUAAUCCCCGAAACCACUCUCAUUCGACUCAUAUUGCAGAUUGGUCAAGGAGUAUGCCUCCUUUCCCUUGGAAUGGGGCUCUUAAUUCAAGAGCUGGUGGUUCUUCAAGCUCUCCAAUGCUUUUGGGGGACAGAAGUGCGUCGGUUCGAGAUGAUGCGAACUUUGGAAGCAACCAGAGAAACAACAUGGAGCAUCCCAUGUUUGUUCCUGCGACUGAGAUGACAACUUUGUCGCAAGACCCAAAUAAUUGGAAUUUAUCUACUGGAAAUCCCAGCACUUCUUCAAGUGUCCCUUCCAGUUCUCGAUUUGGCGGCCCCCGUCUUUUGCCCACUGCAUGGAUACCUCAUCACAACCCCACGGCACAAAAUCAGCAACGUGUAUCAGAAUUUGCACCGUGGACUCUCUUUCCAUCAGUUGAUUCCGAGGCUGGAGGUCAGAGAAGUCAUUUUCCACCAUUGCAUUCGGUCCCUUCUUCGGAGGAAACAAUGAUGUCAACUGGAGCUAAUAACCAAGGCCAUCAUCCACCAUAUCCAAGGUCGGGAUUAUUGAUGGAGGUACCUGGUGAUGAUGUGAAUGCUUGGCGUGCUUUAGCUGCUGAUAUUGAGGGGAGACACAGGCUGGUAUCCGAGAUUCGUCAAGUCUUGAAUGCUAUGCGCAGAGGAGAGAACUUGCGAUCUGAGGAUUAUAUGCUCUUUGAUCCAUUUAUAAAUGGAGUUACCGAGUUGCACGACAGGCAUAGGGAUAUGAGACUUGAUGUUGAUAACAUGUCUUAUGAGGAGUUGUUGGCAUUGGAAGAGCGCAUAGGAGACGUCAACACUGGAUUGACUGAGGAAACCAUUAUCGAGACUAUGCAACAGACCAAGUACCAUUCCAUCAUGGAAGGAUCCCCGUCAAACUUGGAGCCAUGCUGUAUAUGUCGGGAGGAGUAUGUCACUGGCGAUGACGUUGGGGCGUUGGAUUGCGGGCAUGAUUUCCACACCAAUUGCAUCAAACAGUGGCUGAAACAGAAGAAUAUUUGCCCCAUUUGCAAAAUGACUGGUUUGGGUACUUGAGGGAAAUCCAUCUUUUUCUCAGACCCUGGAAAGUUUUACUUGUCAAUGGAACAUUAAACCCUUUGGCCUUGGUUAAAACUACUGUUGUUGUCCCUAGAGAACAAACCCAGUUCUACAUCCCAUCUCCUAUGGGGAUGUAUCGGAUGUUCUUAUAAUUCUCCCAAAAAAAGGGGGAAAAAAAAAAAAUUAAAGUAACCUCCCAUUCCUUGCCCGAAAUAAACCAGGUUUUACUGGGAAUUUGAUGGGUUCAUAAAGGUGGGAAGUGUAAGUUAUAUAAAAGAUUGCAGUUAAAUGCAAGGGAUUGUGUUACCCUGUACUGGAGUAUUUAAAAGCAUUUAUCAAAUACGGUCUCGUGAAAUAAAAAUCUAUUGCUAUUAUUGAA